AUUAACCAUACGGUAUCCCCCUGCCAAACAAAAAAAGACCCUUUGAAAACAAGAGAGAGAAAAAAAAAAAAAAAAAAAGUACAAGCGCGGUACAUAUGGCGCGAUGAACGGCUCACAUACACCGCCGAGAACUCCACUGGAAGCCGAUACCUACGACUCAAUCCUCCACCUCCUCGAAACACUAACUACCAGCCACUCGGGCACCCGCCUGCAAAUAACUUCCUACGAGACGCGGAUCAGGGACCUGGAAAACCUAAAUUCCGAACUCCUGAAGCAGAAUGAGGAACUCCGCUCCCAGCUGCUCCUGCGAGAGCCCGUGCCCGGAUCCGCACUCGCUCCCACCACUUCCCCGUCUCCCCCAUCGUCACUAUCACCGGCGGAGCCGAUCGUGGUCACGUCCGAUCUGGAGAAGGCGCAGUACCUCCAGGACGCACUGAUUUCCGAGCGGGAAGCGUUCGCGACUAGGGAGGAGAGCUUGACGGCCAGGAUUUGGGGUUUGGAAACAGCAGUUACAGAUUCUCUGAGGGAUUUGCUGAGGGAGAGGAGGGCUAGGGAGGAGAUUGAGUGGAAGAGUAGGUCUAUGACGAAUUCGGUAGUGUUGACAGGGAUCGGUGGUGGUAGUCCUGCUCGUGAAGGGGGGCUGGCGAGGGUUAAAGGAGGGUUGCGGAGGAUGGGUGGGGAGUUGAAGGCUGCGAAUGAAGAGAUUGAGAGGUUGAGGGAGGAGAUCGAGAGGCUGCCUUUUGAGAGCACAGUUGACGAGACAGAGGCGGAGGUGAACAUGCUCAAGGAUGGGUUGAAAAGAAUUGAGAGAUUGGCGCUUGCAUAUGCUCCCUUAAAAGAUGAGAUGGGGUUGCUGGAUGCGGUGGAGGUGUGGAAGAAGGAAUUUGUAGAAGUAUGCAAGGAGAGAAGGAGGAGGAAAAAGAAAGAAGAGAAGCUUGGAACAGGUUGA